UGCGCAUUACGUUGCAUUUAUGCGAAUGCUCUCAAUGGCAUCCGAAUGGCUGUGUUGAUUCUUAACUAUCCCUUGGAGACGUUAAGGCCGGAGGAUCUCCGCAUGGAAGAGGUGUAAAACGGAGUACAAUGCCCCGGCAGGGGGUUCACUGCCGAUGAGCUGAGCAUCCUGCUCAUCCAAGAACUUGUAGACCAAAGGGGAGGUCAGAUACCUUAAUAUGGACGCCAAUUAGAGUUCCUGAUGCAGGACCUAGUGGCUGUGGAAGCCGGGGAUAGCGAACAAACAGACUUGGUCCUGGCUGCAGCUUACUUGCCGGGAGAAGCACUCACUGCACCCCCAGAGGCUGUGGGCAGACUGGUGAGUCACUGCAGGCGACAUAAGCUGCCCGGGGAUGAUGCGAACGUCCAUCACAUGGAAUAGGACAGUACGGGCCGCAACACACUAGGCAGCCGCGACAGCCGGUUUUACGCACAGGAAUUAACGCGGAUUUUAUCCGCCCAAGGGUUGUUUUAAAUCACUGAAUCGGUGAGUAUUAAUCUAAGUUUGUCUCCAACCCAGGCCCUGAGGAAUUUUUCUGCUGCGUUUGCGCCAAACGGCUCCAUCCAAACUCCACCUCGGUCAGCAUGGAUGGAGCCAUCUUAAGAUCAGCUCAGGCCUUAAGACUCAUAUUGACCACGAGUUUCCUGGCCUCAUGUUGCCAACACAAUAAAGCGACACUACCCUCUACGGCUGUAAAAUCUGCACCAGUUCGCACGCUGCGCCGCAACUCACCCCGAGUAGCCCACAGAGGACCUCUACGGUACCCAGGAGAUCAAACAUACAACAUAGCUCCCACUCUGUCUGAUGAAGGCAUCGUCCGGUGGGAUACUACCCUAGAAUGUCAGGGUAUAGCUAUCCGGUCAAGCGAUAUCGAGGUCGAAAUAUUUAAUAUAUACAUCCCCCCAGUUAUAUGUUACCCUACAGGAUAUCACCCGAAUAUAGGUGCGCUACUUCGUGGUGACAACCAUUUGGUACUAGGCGAAUUUAACGUGCAUCACGAUCUUCCUUUCUUGCCUGCCAAACGAUCAUAGGGGGAUGGAGCUGGCGGAACAGAUUGACGAUUUAACAUUCUGCACAAUGAAUGACGAAGCCCCCACCAGAGUUAUGGGCACCUGUAAUAAAUCGCCCGAUAUUACCAUUGCUAGUGGUGGUCUGAAAAAUGGCAUUACCUGGCGGUUUAUGCUAACAGUCGCAUCAAGCCAUCUGCCCCUCAUUACCUCGAUCGAGAAACCUCCUUUUAAACCUGGCGGUUUCGUUUAUGUGGACAACCGUACCUUCGUUAACUUUAACAAAGCUAACAUGGUCGGCUUUCCAGAAUUUACUGAGAGCAUCUUUAACGCUUUACCCAUUCCUACGGACGUAUGCGUUGGCGAACGUCAAUUGCGCAAGGUGAUCGCAGCAGCUACUGCUCGCUUAAUCCCAGCUGGACGAAUAGCGGAAAUCCGCCCCAACUUCCUAGCCGUUUUAGCUAACGAGCGUGACACCUUACACCAUGCCGAUCCCUGGGAUACCCGAAUAAGGGAUCUCAAUUUGGAGAUUGUGCGUAUGGUAAACCAUCAUAAGCGGACGAAAAGGAUAGAACACCUGAAGUCCUGUAACCUCUCCACCGGUGUGAGUAAACUUUGGGCUACUGUCAAAGCUUUGUCUAACCCGAAGAGACACGACGACCGAGUUGAAGUUCAAUUCAAUKGUCAUGCCUCUUCGGACCCGAAGAAGUGCGCGAGCUAUUUUAGCCGACAGUUUACACUGUAUACUUCGGUAGACAAAACCAAACGAUGCGUUGACCGACGGCUGCGCAAAAUGCCAAACGACUGA